UCCUCACAACUUCACCAUACUAGCUAACUGAUCAUUCAUCCAUUCCCUGGCCUUCUCCCCCAUCUCUUCUUCCCUAAAUAUAACCAAAUUAUCAACAAAGCUUACAGUAAACGUCAGCAAUGGCCAUCGGCAACUGUCUCGUCGUCUUCACCAUCACCCUUCUUUCAUUAGCUUCUUCCCCUGUUCUCGCCACCGAUGGCAAGCCACUUCAGGAUUACUGCGUCGCCGAUAAGAGUGGAGCAGUGCCGAUGAAUGGGUUCGCUUGCAAGCCACCAGAAUCAGUAAAGGCGGAUGAUUUCACCUUCAGGGGGCUCAACAAACCGGGCGACACCAACAACACGGCCGGAUUCAAAGCCACGCUGGUGACCGUGAACCAGAUCCCGGGGCUCAACACCCAAGGCGUGUCCAUGGUCCGCCUCGACUUCGCCCCCGGUGGAGUGAACGCGCCCCACAUCCACCCGAGGGCGAGUGAGCUGCUCAUCGUCAUGGAAGGCACCCUCGAGGUCGGGUUCGUCACCACACUGCCGGAGACCAAGCUCAUCACCAAGGUCCUGCAAGCGGGGGAAGCGUUCGUGUUUCCCCAGGCGCUGACGCACUACCAGAGGAACGUCGGCAAGGAGGCAGCCGUCGGGAUCGCGGCGCUCGACAGCCAGAACCCUGGGACCCAGCCGGUGGUUGCGGCGGUGUUGGGUUCGUGUCCCAAGAUUCCGGUCGAGGUUGUGGCCAAGGCGCUUCAGGCUGAUGACAGUGUGGCCACUCAGCUCCAGUCUAAGUUCAAAUGAUGACGAUACCACUGUUGUUCAUCGUGCAUGGAUUAAUUAAUGGAAUUCUGCAUGGGCUAGUUGAUGCAGGAUAGUUGAUUAGACCGAGGGUUUGAGAGAGAGUCGAGAGAAAAUUGGGUAUGGGUUGAGAAGGAGUUUGAGAUUAAGAUUGAGAAAAUGGGAAGAUAGAGAUUGAGUAUUGAACUGAAAAUGUACUAAAGGUUCCGAUUAUUCGAUUAGUAAUGCAAUGAAAACGAU